UGUACAACACAGCCCUGGAGUCUGUUACUUUCAUUUCCCUCUUCUGACACUCAGAUGCCAGCGAUGGAAUUUCCUGGUCUGAAACAGAAGCUGGACUGUUCCCUAUUUACUCAGCCAAAUCAAGACAAGACUCAGAUCCUCUGUAUUUAUUGUUUGGACUCUCCUGUACCUGCUGCUAAAUCCUGUCUGCUGUGUGAGGCUCACCUGUGUGAUAGACACCUGGCAGUACACAGCAACUCAGCAGAUCACGUCUUAUUAGAUCCCACCACCUCCCUGGGGAAGAGAAAAUGCUCCGUCCAUGGGAGGAUCCUGGAGUAUUACUGCACUAAGGACACUGCCUGUAUCUGUGUGUCCUGCAGGCUGGAUGGAGAACACAUUGGACAUCGGGUGGAGACGCUGGAUGAGGCCUCUGAGAAGAAGAAAGAGAAAAUGGGAGAUAUUCUGCAGAAACUAAACAUUAAGAAAGAAGAGACUGAGAAAAAUGUCCAUAGUCUGCAGAAGCUCGAGAAUAAAACAAAGGAAAGUACAGCCUGUGUAAAAGGGAGGGUCACCGGCCUGGUUAAAGACAUUAAAAAACAGCUGAAAGUUCUGGAGAAGAGCGCCCUGAGAGAGAUCUCCAGACAGGAGAAGUUUAGUUUACUCCUAGUCUCUAGUGAGAUCUGCCAGCUGGAAAUAAUGAAGGACGAGCUGUCUGGGAAGAUCCGUCACAUUGAGGAGCUGUGUAACAUGUCUGAUCCAGUGACUGUCUUACAGACAUCAAUCAAAGUAAUGGUACCCCUGGCAACGGAGAGCUGGCGCACGCAGGCCAAUCAGAGAGGACGCAGCGGUGAACGUCAUCACGCCCGCUACGUCCAACCGGAAGCGCUUCGAGACGCGGCUCCCGGUCCCAGGAGGACGCCGGCAUGGAGGGGAGGCAGUCUUACUCAUACACCCUUUAAAAGGAUUGUAAAUUGGAGGACAGAUCACAACAAAUUUGAUAAUCCCCAACGCGUUUCAUCUCUCACAGAGACUUCAUCAGGGGUACAUCUUAUUCAAGUAAUUAGCCUCAAACAAUCAAUGGAUUCAUUUGCUCUGGGAUAUUAA